AAACCGAAAGAGUCGGCGUAUUGUAUGGCAAAGUCGGCGAUUGAUAUGUUCACCAAAUGUAUGGCCACUGAGUUGGGACCCAAAGGCAUACGAGUUAAUAGUGUUAAGCGACUAGUCCAAGGUCACAGCAUUCCUCUUUUCAACCUAUAUUGGUAUGAGGAGAGGGGGGUGUCCUUGAAUGUGGGCCGUGAUGUCGACUCUCUACUCCAACAAUAUGAAGGUCCAAUCGCUCCUUACCCUUGGGAUCCAAACAACACCCCUAACGACCUGUUUGUUGAAUUGGCGCCGAAAAUGCCGGUGAAAAGGGUCGCCAUUUCCGACGAUUUAGCAUUCGCUGUGCUAUUAUUGGCGGCACCGGAAUCAACGUUUAUAACCGGCACUAAUAUGUUGGUUGAUGGGGGCUAUACCGUUGCAGGCCUAUAA